CACACGGAACUGGUACGUUCAUCGAACAUGAUUUGGGAUCACUACUUUUUCUGGAUCUUGGUGUUUGUCAGCUUGCAUCCAUAAAGAGGCUGAGGAGACGCGCAUCCCCUACUUACCACUGGAGCUAUGGAGUUUUCCAACAGUUCCCAGGAUAACCACUUCAGACACCAUGACUAUUUUGGAGAUAUUAUGCAGGACAAUGAGACCAACACAAGCUCUCUAGAGUGCCUCCAGCUGCAGAUCCCGCAGGAGCUCUUCCUGUCGCUUGGCCUCAUCAGCCUAUUGGAGAACAUUUUGGUGGUGUUGGCCAUCAUUAAGAACCGCAACCUACACUCACCCAUGUACUACUUCAUCUGCUGCCUCGCCGUGUCCGACAUGCUGGUGAGCGUUAGCAACGUGGUGGAGACCAUCGUCAUGCUGCUGCACGACCACGGCUUGAUGGACGUGCAACCGGGUAUGCUGCGUCACCUGGACAACAUUAUCGAUGUGAUGAUCUGCAGCUCGGUGGUGUCGUCGCUCUCCUUCCUGAGCACCAUCGCGGCUGACCGCUACAUCACCAUCUUCUACGCACUGCGCUACCACAGCAUCAUGACCAAACAGCGGGCUGUGACCAUCAUCGCUGCCGUGUGGCUGGCCAGCAUCACUUCCAGCAUCUUCUUCAUCGUCUACCACACAGACAAUGCUGUCAUCGUGUGCCUGGUGACCUUCUUCUGUUCCAGCCUGGUCUUCAAUGCGGUGCUCUACCUGCACAUGUUCCUGCUGGCGCACAUGCACUCACGGAGCAUCGCCGCCAACUUCCCCAAGAAGCGGCGCCCAUCCACUAACAUGAAAGGCGGCAUCACAAUCACCAUCCUGCUGGGCGUCUUCAUCGUAUGCUGGGGACCUUUUUUCCUGCACCUCAUCCUCAUCCUAACCUGCCCUACCAACCCCUUCUGCAACUGCUUCUUCCGGAACUUUAACCUCUUCCUCAUAUUAAUCAUCUGCAAUUCGCUCAUAGACCCGCUCAUCUACGCCUACAGGAGCCAGGAGCUGCGUAAAACACUGCAGGAGCUGCUCCUGUGCUCCUGUUUCUUUGGCGUCUGA